CUUCUCCUCUCUCUUUAAUAUUUAUUUUUCCUCUCUAUUCAAUGCCCUCUCUCUCACAUCGGCUAUCUUCGUCUCUCUACCGAUUCCCCUCAAAGCUUUGACUCGUUGCGCGCUCAGUUACUUUGCUCUAUGUACAUAAUAUACCAAAGGCUCAUACCGUCGAUCAUAGAGCUCCGGUUCUCAUAUGCACAACACGGACUUUUAUUUCUUCUUACAACCUCACUCGUUGUGCAUAUACCGACUUGACGGUUACUUCGAUUCCAGGAGUCACUGGUACCAAGUGCAUUCGAAGGGCUUGUGACAAUUUUUUGGAUUUUUCUUUUCAGUGGGUGCUUUUAUUUUUAAUCUUGGAAUGAAGGAGAUACUAGGACAACGGGAUGAGCAAUCCAUGAAGAAACUCCGGACCGGGGGAUACGAUGCCCUGGGGUACGUGGAUCGUCAGCUGACGGAUGAGCCUGAGGGGAAUAACGAGACGAGUGUUUUAGCUGUAAGUCUCGUAAGAACGAUAAAAACCGAGAGUGAACAUGAGCAAGUGAGCAAUUCCUGUUUGAGACAACAACAGGAGCAUGAGCUUGACUAUGGUGACGAUGGCGGGGAUAGUGUGGGCGUGCUGGAGGCGGUCCGACCGGAAAUUGAAAAUGGCGCCCUUGUCGAACCGACUGCACCCGAACCCGUUGCUAUUUCACUCGUUAUACCCGAACACCAACACACUACCACCACUGGAUAUACCUUGCAUCAAUUGGGAUAUCAUUCUUCACAUCACAUCAUUCACGAGAGGGAUUAUCUCCAGCAAUCAUCCCCAGUGUACGAAGGCGUUGACAACCCCCAGGAAGAGGAGGAGCAGAGUCAGCAGCAGGUCGUCUCCCUCCACCAGAAUCAUCAUGAUCUUCAUCAUUACACAGAGCUCGGUGGGGCUGGUACGGAGGUAGCUGUUCCCGAGGGUGGGGAUAACAAGCACAGAGGGUCCGAGGCAACACUACCGUCUGAGGGAAAUCGAGUUACCAGUCACAUGCCACCCACCACAAUGCUACGGUACAGUAUCGAGCAACUCUCACCAUCAUCGAGCCAGAGUCAAUCUCACAUUGACCAGCAUCACUCGCAGUUACAUCGCCACAACGAGGAGCACAAUCACAUUGACAGUGACGAAAGACUGAGUGCUAUUGCAGCGGCCAUGAGGAAUCCCAAGAUAGGUGAUUUUUCACUUGGUGUUUUGUUUCCAAAUUUUGCAAGUGGCACUGGAGGUGCGAGUGACAGUGGACAUCAUCACAUGGACGACGUAUUGCCAGAGGACGCUUACGUCCAGAUGAGAACUGGUGAUGUUUCACCGCCAGUCAGAACUGGUAGCUCACCAGGAUCCAGCAGAAGUCCUCAUGAUGAUCAGGGAAUCAAUUCGCCACAUCGACACGAAGGGGGAUACAGCCCCAGUGAUCAGGGGAGACUCCAGAAUUUUACACAUCUCACUGCUAUGCAACCACCACCCUCCAAUGUCCAGGGGGGACACAUACUCGAGGCAAGUGACAGGGUAUCCGAUCAAAUCUACAUCGAUGCCAUGUAUCACUCCUCUGGAACACCUCAUCAUCAUCAUCAGGAUCACGAGCAGAACUCCAAUCCACAUUCACCCAGUGGCUCAUUAAGUUCAACAUUGUAUCGCACGAUGAACACAGUGGCUACGAUGGGCGGUGGAACCGGGGGAACUGGAAACUAUACCCUUCCUUACAUGAGUGCAACAUCCGCGGAACUCGCGGGGUCACCACAACUCUGGGGCAGUUCAGGUUUGGGCAGUACCCUAUCGGCCCUUCCAGAGGAGUACGGAAGUAAAUCGACGCCAACAGCGACACACCAGACUCUUCCGGCAUUUUCUCAGCCCUUUGGCAGUCGUCCCAGCUUCCGGGGCUACUCCUCAUACUCUUCUCCACAGCCAACUGGAGUCACCGGCACCACAACAGCCACCGAUGCCUCAUGGCCCUAUCCUUCACCCGGCAAUGAUGCUCUCACAGGGUCUUACGGGAGCGUCGCGACGCCCGCGAGACGUCAGACGACAAACACAUCAAAUCCACAUCCACAACUCAGCGCAGCUGCCAGUCUCUCAGCCAUGAACAUCGAGGCGGAAUACUUUACGGAGGGUCGUGAAUGCGUGAACUGUGGGGCAAUAUCGACCCCACUUUGGCGACGAGAUGGCACAGGACAUUAUCUGUGCAAUGCUUGCGGCCUGUACCACAAGAUGAACGGAAUGAAUCGGCCCCUGGUCAAGCAACCACGGCGACUGUCGGCAUCGAGACGCGUUGGAUUGUCAUGCAGCAAUUGUCAGACAACUGUGACAUCUCUCUGGCGUAGAAAUACAUGUGGUGAACCAGUUUGCAAUGCCUGUGGACUCUAUUUCAAGCUACAUUCCGUCAACAGGCCGCUAUCCAUGAAGAAGGACAACAUUCAGACUCGCAAGAGAAAACCAAAGGGUGCAAUGAAGUCGUCCGAUACACCACUCUCAAAUAAUGGCCUCACUUGUGCUGUUACCAUCAAGAGAAAUAACAAUAACAACAAUUUGAAGUUGGAAACUGAUAACUAUGACUUGCGGAUGGCGCACUCGAACGUUUCGCAGCCGACGUACCCAAGUGCCUUGUACUCAGAAAAUUCGCAAGUGAGCAGAAUAGUGUCAGCAUCCUACCAAUCAAAUCCAAACAUGUAUUAUGACAUGUUGGCAAGUCAGCAGCACCAGGCGCAGCAGCAUCUCCUAGACUGUCACUCGCCAAAGAUCGAGUGUCCAUCACCUCCGAGAGGCUCCCCAGGAAUAAUCUCCGCAAAUCACUCUCCAAACCAUCACCUAACGUCCUCCCAUAUCGUUAACCUGGGCAACUCCUCGCCCAACAUCACCAACAAGCACAUGAUGGACAAUGGACACAUGGAGCGACCCACAGUCGUCUCGAUAUCUUCAUAAGGCAAUAUACACGGAGCUUAAUGCCAUUAUUAAGUUGUUUAUUAAAAUUGAAGGGUAAUUGAGGAGUUGUAAAUUGAGAUGAUCGUAGGUGAUUGUCGUUCAAGUGCCCCUGUACAUAAUUUUAUUUUUCAAUUGGAGCUCAUGACGAUGGCGCUGAUGAGUCCAGGAGCUUGAUGAUAUUCUUAAGGUUUUAUUUUCAUUUAAUUUUUAUUCAGUGAUUUAUCUUUCACUUAUCAACGUUUCUUCGCCAAAGAAAUGCACAACUACUGGUAGCACCGUACCGAAUUGACGUUUUUUUUCUUCUGUACAUAGCGCGUUUUUUUUUCUAAAUUUUUGGAUAUUUUUAAGAUUUAUGUAGGUAAAUGAUUGUUUUAAGGUGUGAGAUAUUAAAGAAAAGUUUCUGGAUCGAUCGGAUCAUUGGAGAAAUUGGUUCCUCGAGGCUGUAGGGAAUCUGUUUCUUCUUUAAAAUUGUUGAUAAAUCAUUGAUGAUUGUAAAAAUUAACACCAUGGCUUACUGUCGAUAUAUUGACAUGUAUCGUGGAAACAGUUAUUUUUUAAUAAAAUGGGAUAUUUGAAGAUA